AUGGCUGCCGGAGAAGUAGAUUUUCUUCGGGAUCAAGUUCACAGGUUGAAUGUUAUUCUUAGUCAAUAUCAAGAAAAAUAUCUGACAUUAGAUGAAGAUGACAAGAGAGAGUUCUGGGAUUUACAGACUAAAGUUGACCAUCUUGUUGGUGAAAAUAGAAGACUGCAUGAAGAUUUGCGGUCUUCUGUAGAGAGUAGAUUGAGGGAAACCCAACCCCUGAGUGCUAAUGAAGUAGAUCAACUCAAUGAAGAAAAUGUACUUCACAAUUUACAACAACAAGUGCAGUUAAUUACACAGGAAAGAGAUUCUGCAAAGGAAAUGUUAGCUUCAAAUAUUAAAGAACUAGACAAAGUCAGACAUGAUUUACAGGAAGCAAGAAAUGAGGCCCAGUUUAAAGCAGCUAAUUAUCAACUUAUACAGGAGAGAAGUAGUCAGGUUUUGACUCAAAAUCAAAAGCUUCUUUCAGAUAAUCAGAAACUAGAAGUGGCUACUCAGCAUUUUCAGACAACUCUGAAUGCACAGUCAGCAGAGGUAGACCAAUUGAGGGAUCACUUACAACAAAGUAGAGCUGAACACAGAGCAGUUAAUUUACAGUUACAUGAAAUGAAAAAAGUAUUGGAUCAGUUAAAACAGGAAAUGAUGAGAAAAGAUGGAGAGACUUCACAAGCUGUUGGCCGAGAAUAUGCAGCUGAUAGUCGACUUACUCAGUUACAGGCUUCCCUUAUGGAGAUGGAAAAUCAAAUUUCCAACUUGCAUUUUGAGAAUAAAAAACUACAGUCUGAAAACAAAGAACUUGAAGAAAAAUUUAACAUUUUACAAACCAAAGGUGGUGAUGCUGAGAAGAGAGAAUAUGAUGCAACGAUGCAAGUAAGAGAAAGUGUACAACUUGUUGAAAAUGCGAUAUUGGAAAAAGAUCAGGCUGUGAUAAGAGAACAACAAAAAUCACAGGAGUUACAUAGACUUCAAGAAGCACUAAGUAAGCUAAUCAAUGAAGCUGGAUUAAGAACAAAACAGGAGGUUGAACAUGUUCGUAAACAGUGUAAUAACAAUAUAGCUAAACUGAUGGAAGAGAUACAGGCUUUAGAAAUG